UAAGCCUAAAGGAAGCAGCUUAGAUAAACGCUUAAGCAGCAAACAAUGGCUGAAAUUAAUUUAAUGCGAUCGCCAUCUCCAGUUUCUUCUAGUUUAACACCCUGAGCGACAACUUUAUCUUCUCAGAUCCUCUUCUUCUCCACUUUGCUGAAUCUUUACCUCACACCCAGAAACCAAACUCCUUGCAGAAGCCAUGGAGAGGCUUCUGUAUUCUUCUUCUCCGACCCCAUUAAAACCCCAUCUCAGGCGGCCUCCUCUUCUUCCUCGACUCCCACGAAUUGACCAAUUAAAACUCCAUUUCCCCUCAUCAACCCGUUCUGAGUUCGGUGGGGUCAAUUCGUUCUCUUCCAGAAGCGAAAAUUUGUUUCUGCCGUCUUCUUCUUCUCGUCCUCCGCCUGCUUCUUCCAAUUCUUUGCUGUCUCUGACUGAUUCUCGAGAUGGGUCGUCGCCGAAUCCUCAUUUAUGUCAGCGGAUUGAAAUUCCGCCCUCUGCUGGACGAAAGGUAAAAACUGCAAGGACACUUAUGGCACUCUGUGUUGCUGUUCUGAUCUUGAUCCAACCAGUUUUUGCACCUUCAGCUUUUGCAUCCUUCAACUCUGCAGCCACCACUGGGGGUCCUGCUGCUGCCACCUUUGGGGGAAGAUUUUUCCGGUCUGAACUAUUGAGCAGUGCUUGGACUGGUUUCUUCGCUGGAUGUUUGCACACGUUAUCGGGACCGGACCAUCUUGCUGCUUUGGCACCCCUUUCCAUAGGGCGUACUCGCAUGGAAAGUGCUGCUGUUGGAGCUCUUUGGGGCUGUGGCCAUGAUGCAGGUCAGGUAAUCUUCGGCCUCAUAUUUCUCCUAUUGAAAGACCGGCUACAUAUCGAAAUUAUUCGCACUUGGGGUACAAGAGUGGUCGGCGUGACUCUGCUUGUCAUCGGUGCAUUAGGCAUUAGGGAGGCUUCGGAGGUUCCUACUCCUUGCGUCGCCUUAGACAACGGCGAGUGUGAUGUUAGCAUUUACGAAGCGUUGGACAAUCCAACAGGAGGCAAGAAGAAGAUAGGUUUUGCAACUUUCGCGACGGGUAUCGUCCACGGGCUGCAACCAGAUGCAUUGAUGAUGAUAUUGCCUGCACUUGCACUUCCGUCGCGCACGGCCGGAGCUGCAUUUCUUGUGAUGUUCUUGGCAGGGACUGUGGUUGCAAUGGGAAGUUAUACAGUGUUCAUAGGUUCUUGUACUCAGGCGCUGAAGGAGAGAGUGCCUAGGAUUACUGAGAAGCUCACAUGGGCUGCUUCCUCUAUAGCAAUCGCUCUUGGAUUUGCCAUUCUCAUCAGUCAGUAUUUUGGGUUCAGCCUCUACUAGACUUCGACAUUUAACGUUUUAAUUGCUUUCUUGUCAUUGUUAGAAGAAUUUGCUAGUAAAAGGUUUGUUUGUUAUGUUUUGUGCAAAAUUUUCUCUAGUUUUCCUUCUGUGAGCCGUACUAUCGCCAUAUCAUUUCUCUAGUUACAGAUCUGCAAAGUAAAGAAAUAAAUCUCUCAAAUUCGUUUCUAA